GGGCCGGGGUCAGGGCCGGGUCGCGGGGGCUGCAGGGACGUUCCUGUCUUCGUGGUUGGCUGUGGGGAUGACGAGCACGCCGCGGGCCGAAUGGAGGCAGACAUGAAGAACGAGAUGUUCAGAGAAGAAGAGAUGGACGACUACGAGGACGAGUCGCCUCCGGAGCGACAGAUUGUGGUCGGGAUCUGCGCCAUGAUGAAGAAGUCCAAGUCGAAGCCGAUGACUCAGAUCCUGGAGCGACUCUGUAAGUUCGACUACAUCAACGUGGUGAUCUUCCCCGAGGAGGUGAUCCAGGAGGAGCCGGUGGACAAGUGGCCGCUCUGCGACUGCCUCAUCUCCUUCCACUCCAAAGGUUUCCCUCUGGAUAAAGCCGUGGAGUACGCCAAGCUCAGGAACCCUCUACUCAUCAACGACCUCAACAUGCAGUAUUAUAUUCAGGACAGGAGGGAGGUGUACCGGAUCCUGCAGGAGGAGGGCAUCGACCUGCCUCGGUACGGCGUGUUGAACCGGGACCCCGACAACCCCGAAGAGUGUAACCUGGUGGAGGCGGAGGACCACGUGGAGGUGAACGGGGAGGUGUUCCCUAAACCCUUCGUGGAGAAACCGGUUUGUGCCGAGGACCACAACGUCUACAUCUACUACCCAACGUCUGCAGGAGGAGGCAGCCAGAGGCUCUUCAGGAAGAUCGGGAGUCGCAGCAGCGUUUAUUCUCCUGAGAGCAGCGUGAGGAAGACGGGCUCGUACAUCUACGAGGAGUUCAUGCCCACAGACGGGACCGACGUCAAGGUGUACACGGUGGGUCCGGACUACGCCCACGCUGAGGCCCGUAAGUCUCCUGCUCUGGACGGGAAGGUGGAGCGGGACAGCGAGGGGAAGGAGAUCCGCUACCCCGUCAUGCUGACCGCCAUGGAGAAGCUGGUGGCCCGCAAGGUCUGCCUCGCCUUCAAGCAAACGGUGUGCGGCUUCGACCUGCUGCGAGCCAACGGCCACUCCUUCGUCUGCGACGUUAACGGCUUCAGCUUCGUCAAAAACUCCAUGAAAUACUACGACGACUGUGCCAAAGUCCUCGGGAACAUGGUGAUGAGGGAGCUGGCUCCUCAGUUCCACAUCCCCUGGUCCAUCCCCAUGGAGGCUGAAGACAUCCCCAUCGUCCCCACAACCUCAGGAACCAUGAUGGAGCUGCGUUGUGUCAUCGCCAUCAUCCGUCACGGGGAUCGAACACCGAAGCAGAAGAUGAAGAUGGAGGUUCGUCAUCCUCUAUUCUUCGAGCUGUUUGAGAAGUACGGAGGCUACAAGUCAGGAAAACUCAAACUGAAGAAGCCAAAACAGCUUCAGGAGGUUCUGGAUAUCGCUCGUCUGCUGCUGGUUGAACUCUGCCAGCACAACGACUGUGAGAUCGAGGAGAAGAAAUCUAAACUGGAGCAACUCAAGACCGUCCUGGAGAUGUACGGCCAUUUCUCAGGUAUUAACAGGAAAGUCCAGCUGACGUACCUGAGGAACGGACAGCCCAAAGCCUCUAGUGAAGAAGAAGACUGUAAGAAGGACGGUCCGUCUCUGCUGCUGGUGCUGAAGUGGGGCGGAGAGCUGACGCCUGCAGGCCGCGUCCAGGCCGAGGAGCUGGGCCGGGCCUUCCGCUGCAUGUACCCCGGAGGUCAAGGAGACUACGCCGGGUUCCCAGGCUGCGGCCUGCUGCGCCUGCACAGCACGUACCGCCACGACCUGAAGAUCUACGCCUCCGACGAGGGACGCGUGCAGAUGACCGCCGCCGCCUUCGCAAAGGGUCUGCUGGCUCUGGAGGGCGAGCUGACUCCGAUCCUGGUCCAGAUGGUGAAGAGCGCCAACAUGAACGGGCUGCUGGACAGCGACAGCGACUCUCUGACCGACUGCCAGCAGAAGGUGAAGGCUCGGCUGCACGAGAUCAUGCAGAAGGACCAGGAGUUCACCGAGGACGACUAUCACAAGCUGGCUCCGACCGGCAGUCCGUCUCUGGUGAACUCCAUGAAGGUGAUUCAGGGUCCAGUCAAAACCUGCGACAAGGUCUACGCCCUCAUCCAGAACCUGAACUCACAGAUCCGCAAGAGACUGGAGGACCCAAAGUCUGCAGACCUGCAGCUGUACCACAGUGAGACUCUGGAGCUGAUGCUGCAGCGUUGGUCCAAACUGGAGCGAGACUUCCGCAUGAAGAACGGUCGCUACGACAUCAGCAAGAUCCCCGACAUCUACGACUGCAUCAAGUACGACACGCAGCACAACUCCACGCUGGGGCUGGAGGAGACGCUGGAGCUGUUCAGGCUGUCCAGAGCUCUGGCCGACAUCGUCAUCCCGCAGGAGUACGGCAUCACCAAGGCGGAGAAGCUGGACAUCGCUCAGGCCUACUGCGUCCCUCUGAUGAAGAAGAUCCAGCUCGACCUGCAGAGGACUCACGAGGACGAAGCCGUCAACAAGCUGCACCCUCUGUAUUCUCGUGGCGUGAUGUCUCCUGGUCGUCACGUCAGAACUCGUCUCUACUUCACCAGCGAGAGUCACGUCCACUCUCUGCUCAGCGUGUUCCGCUACGGAGGACUGCUGGAUCACCAGGAGCAGAAGGACCAGCAGUGGAAACAGGCCAUGGAUUAUCUGAGCGCCGUCACUGAACUCAACUACAUGACGCAGAUCGUCAUCAUGCUGUACGAAGACAACAACAAGGACCCGUCCUCAGAGGAGCGUUUCCACGUGGAGCUUCACUUCAGCCCCGGAGUUAAAGGCUGCGAGGACGAGGAGAACGUUCCUCUGGGCUUCGGCUUCAGGCCCGCCUCCUCAGAGAAUCAGGACAAGAAGCCCAACCAGGGCAGUCUGGAGGACCUGUCCCAGCAGGACCAGCUGGACCAGGCCCUGCCGCUCUCUGAGCCCAUCAACAUCCAGCGCCGCUCCCCCAUGAUCCGCAACCGCAAGACCGGCUCCAUGGAGGUCCUCUCUGAGACCUCCCCCACCCAGUCCUCCAAAGGCUCCACGUCCCACCGCCUCUUCCCCUCCUGUUCACGCCAGUCUCCAGAGAUCAAACCAGCCAGCGGCUUAGGCUCCCUGUGCUCUGGCCUCUUCAGUGCCUCGGCCCUCGGUGUUUCCUGUAGCGCUCCGAACCUGCGUGACUACGUCCGCACGCAUCACCACCUGCACCGAAAGCCUCCUCUGUCCCCCGGCAGCCUGCCCUGCAAGAUAGGCAUGUUUGGUUUUGAAGGCUGCUCCAUGGUUCCCUCCAUCUAUCCUCUGGAGACGCUGCACAACUCUCUGUCUCUGAAGCAGGUGGACGAGUUCCUCAACAGGGUCUGUGAGAGCAGCAGCGAGGCGCACGCCAAGACCAUGAGAGCUCUGUCCAGCCUGUUUGACUCCCAGAGUCAGACGUCUCUCUACAGUCCCCAGCAGCCUCUCUCCUCCUCCGGAUCUGAAACGUCUCUGAGACCUCCGAGCCGACCUCUGUGGCAAGGCAGUAUCCCCUCCAGUGCCGUCUCUAGUGCCGGGCCCUCCUCCCCGACCACAGAGAGCUCGGGGCUCAACUUCAGCUUCAGUGAGUAGAAAACUGAAAACACACGAGGACUUCUGGAUGUCUGAGGGCUCCAUCUGAAGACCUUCAUCUCCUCCU